AAGGGCCCUCUGGGCGCCGCGCACCCGCUCUCCCUCCGCCCCCGCUCGCAGCGAGCGGCCGGGAAGCUGCCGGGACGGCGUCGAAGACGGGGCUGGGGGGCGUGCAGGGCGUGCCCGCGGCGCCCCGGUCCGGCCAUGGUGCAGGCCUGGUACAUGGACGAGUCAGCCGACGACCCGAGGCGGCCCCACCGCGCAGAGCCCAGCCGCCCAGUCGGCCUGGAGCAGCUGCGCCGGCUUGGGGUUCUUUACUGGAAGUUGGAUGCUGACAAACAUGAGAAUGAUCCAGAAUUAGAAAAGAUCCGGAAAGAGAGAAACUACUCCUGGAUGGACAUAAUAACCAUAAGCAAGGAUAAACUACCAAAUUAUGAAGAAAAGCUCAGGAUGUUCUACGAGGAGCACCUGCACGUGGAUGAGGAGAUCCGCUACAUCUUGGACGGCAGCGGGUACUUCGAUGUGCGAGACAAAGACGAGAAGUGGAUCCGCAUUUUCAUGGAAAAGGGAGACAUGAUCACUCUCCCUGCAGGGAUUUAUCACCGCUUCACGCUGGACGAAAAGAACUACGUGAAGGCCAUGCGGCUGUUCGUGGGGCAACCCGUGUGGACGGCGUACAACCGGCCCGCCGACCACCUGGAGGCCCGGGGCCAGUACGUGCGGUUCCUGGCGCAGACCGCCUAGGCCCGGGCAGCCUCGCCUCGCGGGCCGGGCUUCCCCGCGCUGGGCCGCCGCUCCCGGGGUCGCCGUCGUCACCAGGCAGCCGCCCGCGCCGGACCCGUCGCCUGAGCCCUGUGAGCGGAGCCGCCCCUCGGACCUGGGUGUGAAGCAGACGUGCGGCUGCCAGCCUGCCCUGUAGACGCCGGACCGCCAGACCCAGACGCUCUUCUGCGGCCCGGUGGGCCGGGUGGCUGGGCCAGUGCACCCGCAGCCGUCAUGGGGCGUCGCAGCCGCGGGGGCCACCUUCUUGUUCCACAUAAAGCAGCGGCCGUGAUUGUGCGCUCACUCGGCCUCAUUAAAGUCCCCCCGCCGCACCC